AUGCGCUGGCACAAGCUCUUGCCGGGCGUGCUCGCUCUGCUCCCUCUCUCAGUUGCUCAAAGCUGUUGGCGCAACACCACUUGUUCUGGUCCGACCGAAAGCGCUUUCUCCGGGCCAUGGGAGAAAAACAUUUUCGCGCCGUCCUCGAGAACCGUUAACCCUGAGAAGCUUUUUCUCAUUACGCAGCCGGAUAAGACGGAAGAGUAUUCCCCAUUUGCGCUUCAUGGAAACGGUUCAUUGGUGGUCUAUGACUUCGGAAAAGAAGUUGGCGGCAUUGUCUCCGUAAAUUUCAGCUCCACAGGCAGUGGUGCACUAGGAGUGGCAUUUACCGAAGCGAAGAACUGGAUUGGCGAGUGGUCGGAUUCGUCGAAUGGAGGCUUCAAAGGCCCUGAUGGUGCGCUCUACGGCAACUUCACCGAGGCCGGAAGUCACUACUAUGUGAUGCCGGAUAAGAGCUUGCGUGGUGGAUUUCGUUAUCUGACUCUUUUCUUGAUCACCAGCGACAACUCCACCAUCCAAAUCGAGGAUGUGAACUUGGAGAUCGGCUUUCAGCCUACCUGGUCCAAUUUGAAGGCCUACCAGGGGUACUUCCAUUCCAAUGACGAUUUGCUCAACAAGAUCUGGUACACUGGUGCCUACACUCUGCAGACGAACGAGGUGCCGACCGACACGGGACGGCAGAUCCCAGCGAUGGCCGUAGGCUGGGCGAAUAAUUGCACCCUUGGACCUGGCGAUACGAUCAUUGUCGACGGAGCGAAGCGUGACCGUGCAGUGUGGCCGGGUGACAUGGGGAUUGCUGUCCCUUCCGCGUUUGUGAGUUUGGGCGACUUGGACAGUGUCAAGAAUGCGCUGCAGGUUAUGUAUGACACGCAGAACAACUCGACAGGUGCAUUCGACGAGUCUGGCCCACCGCUGAGCCAGAAAGACUCGGAUACAUACCACAUGUGGACAAUGGUGGGGACCUACAACUACAUGCUUUUUACCAAUGACAGCGACUUCCUCGAGCGAAACUGGGAGGGAUAUCAGAAGGCCAUGGACUACAUCUACGGCGCGGAGCUCGCCACCUGGGCUGGAGAUUCAGGCGACCUGUCCAGCACCUGGACCAGCCGGGCGGAGAAGCUGCGUCAAGCCAUUAACGAAUACUGCUGGGAUGACUCGUACGGCGCAUUCAAAGACAACGCCACCGACACCACCCUGCACCCUCAAGACGCGAACAGCAUGGCCCUGCUCUUCGGGGUCGUGGAUGCGGACCGGGCCGCCAGCAUUUCUGAAAGACUAACGGACAACUGGACCCCAAUUGGAGCCGUGGCACCCGAACUGCCAGAGAACAUCUCGCCGUUCAUCUCAUCGUUCGAGAUCCAGGGCCAUCUGACCGUGGGGCAGCCACAACGAGCACUGGAGCUAAUCCGCCGCAGCUGGGGAUGGUACUACAACAAUGCGAACGGCACACAGAGCACAGUCAUCGAAGGCUAUCUACAGAACGGCACGUUCGGCUACCGCUCUGACCGCGGGUACUACUAUGACACGGCAUAUGUGUCACACUCGCACGGUUGGUCUUCAGGACCGACGUCGGCGCUGACGAACUACAUCGUGGGGAUCAGUGUCACAUCUCCACUGGGGGCGACCUGGCGCAUUGCCCCGCAGUUUGUCGAUCUGCAGUCCGCCGAAGGUGGAUUCACGACGUCGCUUGGAAAGUUUCAGGCUGGAUGGUCAAAGACAGACAAGGGGUACACGCUCGACUUUACAGUUCCGCACGGGACACAGGGGAACCUCACGCUGCCGUUCGUCAGUGCCGCGAAGCCAUCUAUCAAGAUCGACGGGACGGAGAUCAGCCGGGGAGUGCAGUAUGCCAACUCGACGGCGACCGUGACGCAAAAUAGCAUGACUUCGCCUCCCAUUUCACCCCCAAAUCCUGUACUAGAUCAACCGUCCAAUCAGGGCAGUUCUAAUCACGUGCUCCUAAUCAUCCGAUCCGCUCACUUCCACCGCAUCCCCAUACUACUCCAGACUAGACUUUACAUCCAUCUUCAAUCCAACCCAACCCAACCCAACACGACACACAAAAUGCCACCGAUACCCCCUUCCCUCCGCGCCGCCCGCGCUCAAUGGCGCACCUGCGCCCAACAUCUCCACGCAUCCACCAACCCCCCCAAAACCCGCCUCUACAGCACAACCCGCACCCUCCGCUCCAGCACCACUGCCAGCAGCACCACUACCGCCAGCAGCAACCCCCUCCGCAACGCCCGGCCCAUCCGCAGCCGCGAGCAGGACCUCGCGCGGAGCAAACGCUCGAUGUACAUCUCCGCGACGGGGAUGAUCGUAUGCGCAAUCGGGAUGUACGGGGUGAUCAAAGCGGACGUGUUCGGGCUGGAACAAGCAACCCCCACCAGUACCACCGAGGGCAUUGACAUCGAAAACGCCACCAGCAGCAACAGCAGUGCGACCAAACUCGACGGCCCAAGCACAGGCUUCCCGACGAAACCCACCCUAACGCACAUCAAAGCCGCCGACGGCACAACCGACCAAGUGGAGACAGGAACGAGCACGAUCCCACAUUUCCCGGCGGUGAUUCAUCUGCCGAAGUGGUUGGAGAGUGAGAAUCCUCCUGCGUCUGCGACGGAUUUGCCGACGCAGAGUGGUACUGGUACUGGGGAAGGAGAAGGGGAGGAAUAUCAUCUUCUAGGGUUGGGGAUUCGCACUGUCUCAUUCCUCAAUUUCCAGGUGUAUGUGGUGGGGUUGUAUGUUGCGAAGGAGGAUUUGGCGGAGCUGCAAUCGCGACUUGUGCGCACGGCGGUGCAUCCGCCUGGAAAGGGGACGGAGUCGGUGAUUGAUAAUGAGGUGGGAGCUACGGCGGCGACGUCGUUGGUGUCGAUGGAGAGGGAUAAGUUGAGGGAGUUGUUGUUGGAUGCGGAGAAGGGGGAGCAGGCGUGGGAUAUGUUGCUGAGGAAGGAUGGGUUGAGGACGGCGUUCCGGGUCGUGCCGACGAGGAAUACGGAUUUCUUGCAUCUGAGGGAUGGGUGGGUGAGGGGGAUUACGGGUAGGGCGCAGAAGUAUAAUAAGGAGAGUGGGGGAGAGUUUGAAGGGGAGGAGUUUGGACAGGCGAUGGGGGAGUUUAAGGGCCUGUUUGGAGGUGGGCAGAGGAAGAGUGUGCCCAAGGGACAGGUGUUGGUAUUGGCGAGAGGGGCGAAGGGACAGUUGGAUGUGUUGGUACAAGGUGGUGGUAGUGGGAAGGAUGGAGUGCCGGACCGGUAUCUGGGACGGGUGAAGGAUGAGAGGAUCAGUCGGUUGGUGUGGAUGAAUUAUUUGGCGGGGAAGACUGUCUCCAGUGAGGGGGCCAGACAGAGUGUCGUGGAUGGGAUUAUGGGGGUGGUGGAGAGGCCAGUUGGGACUGUAUAA